AUGGCACGCAUUCAGUUCGGUGUCCUGGCUUUCGAGUAUCAAGUGCUCGAUGUGGUUGGCCCAACUGACCUUCUUACAUGUGCCUCCAAAGAACUGAUGGAAGCGAUGCGGUACCUCAGUCCUAUCGACCAAGCCACCAUUGAUCGUGCCCCGCAAUUCGACUUUCACCACAUCGGCAUCACUCGAGAUCCGGUGCAGCUUACUUGCUCGAUGAGCAUUGUGCCUACGACUACCGUUGACGAAUGUCCUGAUCUGGAUAUUCUGUUGCUUGGUGGGCCUAAUCCAAUUGGCUUCGAACUCCACCCGAAAUUCGCCGACUUGAUCCGCCGUCACGUCGCUGCUGGGAAGCUGCUAUUUACAAAUUGCACCGGUGCUUCCGUCGCCGCUGCAGCAGGUGUCCUUGAUGGAAAAAACGCCACGGUUAACAACAUCGAGUUCGAAUACGCCAAGAAGCGAUACCCAAACGUCAAAUGGACUGUGGAUAAGAAAUGGGUGGUUGACGGGAAUAUCUGGACGGGAUCUGGUGCCAUUGCUGGCAUGGAUAUGUUUUCCUACUGGCUGAAGGAGAACUAUGGGAUGGGUGUUCUUGUUCAGGCUGCUCUCAUGCUUGACUACGAGCCGAGAGAUAUUGACGGUGUGCUUAAUGUCAUUCCGAAGCGAUACGACGAAAACGGGCAACAAAUCUCGACGCAUGUUUUCUCUUAUCAUUAA